UGUCAAAGAAAAAUUAAUACGGUUGUGUUAAAACAAUUUACUCAUUCAACAGCCUAGUACGACUUUUAUCUUUAGUUAAAGAGUUUGUAGAAUAACAAACAGCCGCAACCAUAUCCAUAUGCGGUAUUUCAUUGAUAAAUAAGAAAAAAGCUCCUAAGCGUAACCACUGACUCGAGGUGAACGAGCAAAAAUGUCUAUUUUUUUAAAAAAGAACUAAGGAAUGCAUAAACAAAAUUGUUUUUAUACCUUGCAAAGGUGUUGGUUAAUUAUCAUAUUCUAGACUUUAAUAAUCGUAGAAACGAUGCGAUAUCCUUUAUGAAAUAAUGGUUUACUUUUACCAUUGAUAAAACAGUAAGCUGAUUAUUUUGACGCAAGUAUGCGGCGAAGGCUAACUGGUAAUAAAAUACCCACUAAUCUAUCAAAAAUGGUCUUACAUGUGUAAACAGUGCUUUACAUAUUACCAUCUAGAAACCCAUCUAUCUUAUCGCGAAUUAAAAAUAUGUGUGUUUAUGGUAAUAUAAUAUUUCUCUGUUGCAUUUAUGGCUAUGUCCCAGAAGUAAGGAAUAAUAAAAAUGUCCGCUGCUGGAACCCCAUCCACGGACCCUUGGGUCAUCCUGGCCCGCGAGCGAGCCCGCUAUGAGGAGCAGUUCAAGUCUCUCAAGCCCAACAACGGGGUCGUGACGGGGGAGCAAGCCAAAGGCUUCUUCCUCCAGUCACAGCUCCCACCGCUUGUUCUGGGUCAAAUUUGGGCUUUGGCCGACACCGACGCUGACGGCAAAAUGGACGUGAACGAAUUUUCAAUCGCUUGCAAACUGAUCAACUUAAAGCUGCGCGGUUUCGAAGUCCCCAAGGCGCUUCCACCGUCUCUCCUCGCCUCCCUGAAGACCAGCACCCCGCCUGCCAUACCCCCCCUUCCCAACCCGGCCCUAAUCAGCGCCCCGCCGCGACCGGAGCCCCCAAAGCCGGCCCUAAUCCAGCCCCAAGUACCGCCAACUCAGCCCAUGCUGCCCGUGAUGACGCAGCCCCCUAUUGCCGGGAUUCCCCCAAUGAUGGCAGGGAUUCCCCCGCAGCCUGUGCCCGGCAUACCGACGGGUAUCGUGCCCCCGAUGCAGAGCGCCGUGCCCCAGGUGCAGCCCAUGAUGGGCAUUCCGCCCCAGCCGUUGGUCAACCAAGUCAUGCCGACUACCGCAUUUGGGGCUGCGCCCUUGGGGGCGAGCAUUCCCCCGAUGCCUGCCAGUGUUCCCCUGAUUUCCGGCACUACUGCCAUACCAACAGCUGCCGUUAGUUUGCCGAAUGUUCCGGUAACUUUACCGAAUGUUCCAACCGCGUCGGCAGCGCCGAUUGUUCCGGCACCGCACAUGUCUCCAGUGGGGUCCGUUACGGGGGCUGUUGUGUCGACUGUGGCCCCCAUGGGGCCGGGGGCCACCAGCACGCCGAGGUCCAGUAUUGCCAGCUUGGAUAAAACUGCGUCCGUGGAGUCUCUACAAGUCGAUUGGGCUGUGCCCCAUCAAACCAAGUUGAAGUAUACACAAAUCUUUAACACAACUGAUAGAACUCGUUCGGGAUUUUUAUCGGGUGCCCAGGCCAGGAACGUAAUGGUACAGACAAAACUGCCACAAAGUGUCUUAGCACAAAUUUGGGGUUUAUCCGACAUGGACGCGGAUGGCAGGCUGGGCUGUGAAGAAUUCGUUUUAGCCAUGCAUUUGUGUGAGCAAGCUUCUUUAGGCAACCCUCCACCUGCAAAACUUCCACCUGAACUGAUACCACCUUCGUUUAGAAGAGUAACCAGAACCGCAUCGAUUUCUAGUCAAGGCAGCGUUCCUCUGGACCAAGACCCAGCUUCAACGUUAUUGCAAACUUCUUUCGAAGAUAAACGUAAGGAGAACUUCGAGAAAGGUCAAGCGGAGUUGGAGAGGCGCCGGAAAGCUCUCUUGGACCAGCAGCGAAAGGAAGCCGAAGAACGCGAACGAAAAGAACGCGAGGAAAUGGAGAGGAAAGAGAAAGCUAGACAGGAGGCGGAACGGAAGAGAAUGGAAGAGCUCGAACGCCAAAUGAGGGAACAACAGGAACAGGAACGCCUGAAAGAGGAAGAGCGGAAACGACAGGCGGAACAAAGGGAAGCAGCUAGGCGGGAAAUGGAACGUCAAAGACAACUAGAGUGGGAAAAGCAAAGAUUGCAAGAAUUGCAACAACAGCGACAGAAAGAGCAAGAAAACGUCUUACGAUUAAAAGCCAAAAGUCAGAGUCUGACCAUCGAAUUAACAUCACUGAACGACCAAGUGAAAGAAUUAUCGCAGAAAAUUUGCGACACGCGUUUAGGAGUUUCGAAUGUGAAAACAACAAUCGACGGAAUGCGGUCAACCAGAGACUCACAAAUGCAAGAAAUGUCGCAGCUGAAGAAUAAACUCAAAGAGCAGAACACGAAACUCCUUGCCUUAUCCCAAGAGAAGAUCAAACUGGAAGCGAAAAACAAACUGAAUGCUCAGAUGGGCGGACAGGAUGCUGAACAAGCGAAAAUCGCUUUCGAAAACAAGGAAAUCACUAUUAAAAACCUUCGGGAGAAAAUCGAAGACAUGCAAAAGCAAAUUGAAGGGAAACUGUCAGACAUCGAAAAUAACAACACUCAACUGACCGAGCUUAGAACCCAAUUACACACUCUCGUCAGCGAGUGCGAAGGCUUAUACGGCGUGUAUGAGGAGAAGAAGACAAAGGUUUUAGAAAUGAAAAAUGCCAACAGGAAUUUGGAUUACAAUGCGAGCUGGAAGAGCAACGACGCUUGGGGUGACACUGGCACGCAGGCCGCUACGGAAUGGCCCGCCGAUAAUUGGGGCACUUCAACAGCACAACCAACCACCGAUGUUGGGGUCGUGAGAUACAGGGCGUUGUACGAAUUUGUCGCGAGAAAUUCAGACGAGAUUUCGUUCCAACCCGGUGAUAUUAUUAAUGUUCCUACGAAACAAACGGGUGAGCCGGGUUGGUUAGCUGGCGAGAUAAGGGGGCACACGGGGUGGUUCCCCGAAUCGUACGUUGAACCGGUGGACGGAGUCGGUGUCAGGGACGCUCCAACCGCUGAAGUGUACCCCGAAGAACAGAAAACAGAACGAUUAGAGGGAAUUCCCGAAGUUAUCGAAACACCGAAUCCUGUCCCUGAGCCAGUGCCGGCCGUUACACAACCAGAAGAGACCGGAGAAAUCGAAUAUUACAUUGCUAAUUAUCCAUAUCAAUCUCAGGAACAAGGUGAUCUGACGUUCAACGCCGGUGAUGUUAUCACAGUUGUCAAGAAGGAUGGCGAUUGGUGGACGGGAAAAAUCGGUAAUACUGUUGGUAUUUUUCCGAGUAAUUACGUUCAAAAAGUUGAUGUGAAUUCUGGCACUAACACAACCACUGCGAAUACUACUACCACGGCCCCGCUUAGUUCAGCUCCUGAGAGCUCUAACACGCCAAUAGAUUACGAGGUUUCUCAAAUCAACGAAUACAAGGCGCCUGAGAAACCGCUAGAUGCCUCUAUAACCUCCAAUACUCAGACUCUCAAAGGCAAGAAGCCGGAAAUAGCCUCCGUUAUCGCCCCCUACCAGGCCACAAGUGCGGAGCAGUUGUCUUUGGCGCGCGGUCAGCUCAUAAUGAUCCGCAAAAAGACCGAUUCAGGCUGGUGGGAAGGCGAGUUGCAAGCCAAAGGGCGUAAGAGACAAGUCGGAUGGUUUCCUGCCAGUUACGUUAAGGUUCUAAACAGCAGCGGACGAGCUAGUGGCCGAACGACUCCAGUUUCAACCACGCGAAUGCAACAAGAAGUCGUUUUAGAUAAAGUAAUAGCCUUAUUCCCCUACACUGCUGGAAAUCCGGACGAACUCAGCUUCGCCAAAGAUGAUAUCAUUAGUGUAACGGCUAGAGAAGAGGAGGCCUGGUGGCGUGGGGAGCUGAACGGGGUCUCAGGGCUCUUCCCGAGCAACUAUGUGACCCCCUUGCAGCAGCAAUCCACUGUGGUGAAUAAAAAACGUCAAGAUUCAAUUCGGGAAUUCAUCCAAACGGAGAAAGUUUACGUAGACGACAUGACAACAGUCCAUGAAGUGUUUGAAUUACCGAUGAAAAAAAGCGGCGUGAUUGGAAGGGACGAAGUAGAGAAAAUUUUCCUAAACUGGCAAGCUAUUUUACAGUGCAAUCGCAGAUUUUUGUCCGAUUUAUACGACUGGACGAGCUCUGGGAGCGACAUUUUAGGGCCGGUGAUAAGUAAACAUUUGCAAAAUAUGCAAGUGUAUGAAGUUUUCUGCGGCAAGCAGCUAGACAGUGCCGCUCUUUUGCAAAAACUAACAGAAACCUCGACAGCCUUUCGUGAUUUAAUGAGAAAGUGUCAAAAUAACGUUGCGACGAAAGGGAUGCCACUUUCGUCGUUUUUAAUAAAACCCAUGCAAAGGAUCACGAGAUAUCCUCUGCUUAUAAGUAAAAUUAUCGAAAAUACGGCCGAAGAUCACCCCGAUUAUGAGUCGCUUCAAGAAGCUUUAAGAAACGCCGAAAAGUUCCUAAAUGAUAUAAACGAAAAUGUGAAGCUGAAGGAAAAUCAGGAACGAUACGAUUGGCUGCAGAGAUGCGUCCAAAAUGACUUGAAUAUAGUUUUUAACAGUGAAACCAAUAAACUCGGACCAAGGAAGUUGAUUCACUUUGGAGUUUUAAGCAAAGUGAAAAGUGGCAAAGAGUUGAUCGGUUUUUUAUUCAAUGAUUUUUUCCUGUUGAUUCAACCCAGUAAAAGUUUGGGGACUCAAUUCACAUUCCAAAGAAAUAGUAAUAUAAGUUAUAAAAUGUACAAACAACCUAUUUUAAUACAAGAUCUUUCGUUUAGUCGAGAGAGCACCGACCAUGUAGAACAAGGAACCGACUCCAAUAGAGUUAUCAAAAUACAAGACAAUAAAAAUAAGUAUACUUUAAGUUUGUUGGCGCCUACAGUGAAUGAAUGCAACUUGUGGGUAAAACGCAUCGAAAAGUGCAAGGAGGUUUAUAAUAAAGUGGACAGUCUUUCGCAAACUAGGCCUAAAACGAUCCAUAGUGACGGAGUUUGGCUUAAGAUUACGGUUAUUAGGGGUAGAGAAAUUUGCUCUAGAAGUAGAAAGACUAACAGUUUGAAGAAAAAAGGUAAGCCCCAUACUGACAACGUCUAUUGCAAGGUCACGUUAGGUGACCAGAGGCAACAAACUGAUCUAUCAAAGGAUCAAAUAAUCAACGGAAAUGUUCCUCAGAACAGUGCACCGCAAGUUCCGACGAUCGUGUGGAAUUACAGCAUGCAGUUUCAGCUGAGGAACCUCGAGACGGAAGUGAUUACCUUUACGGUCUAUGGUCUGAAUUUAUACUGCCCUGAUGAAUUUUUGGGGCGCGCCGAAUUAAAGAUAAUUGAUAUUUUACGCGAGACGCAAAACACCAAUGGUCCAAUCACAAAAAAACUGAUUCUGCACCAAGUGGAAUCGGGCGAAAUUGUUGUCAAAUUAGAUUUACAAUUGUUUGAUUUUUGAAUUGUUGAUAUUCGGGACUUGCAAUUCCACCCAAUCAAAGCGCUAGUUGAUAUUGUUGUUUAUACAAAUUAUACAAUUUACAAUUUAAAUGUUUAUGCUACAUGCGUUUUGUAUUUUUCUAUUGUUACUGUAUCUUUUUUAUAUGACGGAAUCGUUAGUAGUAUAAAGGCCC